AUGGAGGAGGACAAGUGUUUAGUGUGUAAGAAUGCCGUUCGCUCGCUGCAGCAUGGCAUCACAUGUGACGUUUGCGACAAAUGGCAGCAACGCACCUGCAAUACAGGGUGGCACCGUCGGUUGAGUUUGAAGGCAGCCGACCACAAGUGCUCCUUCUAUGUGUUGGUACCUUUCCUGCGGCGCGAGGCCGAGUACCUGCCAGUGCAAGCCCAGCUGGUGCAAGAGGAAACCGGGCGGGUCCGACGCAACGUCUAUGUAAAUCUUGACGAGCAGCUUGGCCAGCUAUGGGAAGAAUACGACCAGCGGGAACUGACCACCGAGGAUUUCCUCACCAAGAUCCCUCCGACGUCAGUACCUAGCCAGCUUCCCCACCAAGCAACGUCUGAUGUAGCCGACAACAGCACCACUGUCGUUACGGCCUAUUUUAAUCUGGGAUCAUUUAGCAAAGGUCGGGUCGAUUACAUCUAUACGCCGAAAAACUAUGACAACUGGAGUGAAGUUUUUAAAUACAUUUUAAACCCAGUGAUUGUUUACACGGACUCGCACGAAUUUGCAGACAGAAUGAGAAAUAUUCGGAGAAACGAAACAACCAAAAUAAUCGUGAUUCAACGAAAUUCAACUUGGGCAUUCAAUUUACGAGACAGAAUUUUCGCCAUUUAUUCUCAAAAAGGUUACCCUAAACACCACCCUAACACCGUGUUACCUGAAUAUACCUGCGCGACAAUAGCCAAAUAUGACGUCCUUUUUAGGGCCGCACAUGACAAUACAUUCAACACGCACUACUUCAUGUGGCUUGACAUUGGCUAUUUCCGGGACAGGACGUCCACUACACCAUUCCGAUUGAAUAGACCGCCAAAUUUCAACGAAACUAUGGUAGCCAUGAAUUUGAUAGUGUUUAACGCAAAUAUGUCAUUGCCACCGGCAGUUAUUUUCAAAAACAAUUUACUGUGGAUCGGAGCCGGUAUCGCCUUUGCAAACCGCUUUACUAUUCUUGCGUUUGGAAAUCAAUUCCGCCAGGCAGUGGAGUAUUUUAUGUCCCUGUCUCUCAUGAACGCACAGCAGCAAAUUAUCUACGCCAUGUUUAGCGUUGAAGGAAGGCGCGCGCUUAAGUUGGCUACUGAGAUCCAGGUGUAUAAGCCACCAACAGAGUACAACUGGUUUUAUCUUGGCUAUCUCAUGCUUCAUGAAGAGUCGCCCUAACAACAUGUGCGUGCUGGAAGUGCGCGUAGUUCAGGGCGCAUGGCUGCAGCAAAUGAUUGCCGUAAUAAGCAGCUCUAAAUAUAAUGGAACAAUUUCAUUAAACACACAUUUUAGAGUUUCCAGUAUAAAUUAAACUAUUCAUGUGUGUGAUCUAAGCUCGGGAUUGACUCAUAUACAAGCCUCGACUACAUUUGACAUGUUUGAUUGAUCGAAUUAUUUGUUCCGAUAUGCAUUUUGAAAAUGGUAAUAACAUAAAAUGACAAAAAACAUCGGCACUCGGUUCACUGGUAAUGACUUAUAACAUUAACGAAAACAAGUAAAUCAAUUAUACAUUUUCCAUCAAUUAUUUUGUUAUUCCGGUUCCGGUAAAGUGCGCGGGCGGUAGUUUUCACCAGGGAUAAUGAAAAAUACAAAACAUCAAGUAAACUCAACAAUUUUUACCCGAAUUUUAUUGGAUUACAUAGCAAUUGAAAUAUCGGUGACAUUUGUGAACAUGGAAAACCAAACCACGGAAGAUCUACUAACUAUUUCUACACAGAACCUCUUUGAUGUUCUGUACAAUGAAACGUUCAGUCAGAAUGGCGGACCUUGAUCGACUGUCGCAAGAGAGAAAAAACGUCCAUGUGUGAAUACAGGGAGGGAUAGUGAGUCGUUAAAGGACUAUGAAAGUUUAUCACUAGACGACAAGAUGUCCGCCAUUUUCAAGAAAUGAAAGGUAGUUCACACAAAGUUGAGAAUUGUUUUAACUUGCAAAAUAAACUAUCUGUUGUGGAAUUCAAAAUAUCUGAUCACGAUCAUAGACUUAAAUUGCUAGAAUACAAAUCUAUAGACCUUGAAGCUAGGUGCCGCCGCAAUUACCUCCUCAUAAGUGGCAUUCCAGAAGAGAAGGAUGAAGAUUGUCUGCAGCAAAUUUUGAUAAUCCUGAGAGAAAAGCUUGAGAUCAAUCCAUGUCCCCCUAUCCCGCGCUCCCACAGCUUAGGAAGGUACAAGCACGGUUCCACUAGGCCAAUCAUACUGUACUAUCUCAAUUACCGUGACACAUUAUAUAUCCUCUCCAGUGCCAGGAAGUAAAGUCAGUAUUGUUUAUCCAGCAAAAAUAAUCAAAGAUGGCCACGUCUUCUCUGAUGCUUUUCCCGAUUGGGAUAUCAUAUUGCAAGGCAGUCGUGUUACCAAGGAUAAAUCUUGUUUACAAACACAAACACACAGUCUCCGACGAGUCAUUCACAAAAUCUAAAACACAGCAAUUAAAACCAGGUUUUCCUCGUGGCCAGUCAUGUAACAGAGCUGUAUCACAGGAGCGUAGCCAGCGAACCGACUUCCCAGCCAUAGAACGUAGAACGCCACGCUAACAACAAUAUCCCUCGCCGUCUAGGAAAAGGAAUCGCAAACACGCUUCCAGCAGGAAACCACCAAGUCGCCAGCCCGACACGUCCAGACAGCCUUCGGCAUCCAAGCCCUCGACUACAAUCCAAGGGCCGUGGUAUAUUCCUAGUAACACACACGGUCCGGGUACUGCCAACUAGGAACCCGGGGGAAGACAUUGUGACCCUCAUCUGAAAAACAAUUGCAUUAAAUUAGUUAGUUUUAAUGUGAGUGGGCUGAAGAAAGGACUUCAUAUACCCGAAUUUGAAGAAUUUAUAAACACUUAUGAUAUUUUUUGUGUCUGUGAAACGCAUAUAUCUUUGAUAUACCAAAUUUCUUCUUUUUGUACAAGCAAUGUUCCAAAGCAUACAAAAGAAAGUCUGGAGGCAUUGGGGUUUAUAUCAGAGACUGUAUGUCCCCUUUCGUAACAUAACUCCAGAAUUCCACAGAUUAUGUCCUUUGGUUGAAAAUUGAUAAGCAAAUCUCUGGUCUGGAACAAGAUAUAAUCAUUGGAACUAUGUACAUGUCCCCUGAAAAUUCACGCUUCUUUAACACUGACCAAUUAAGCAUACUAGAGGAUGAAGUAACCACAUAUUGCAAUAACUACAAGUAUGUUUUCAUUGCUGGUGAUGCGAAUAGCAGGGUAGGCACACUUAGAAACUACACCUUACCCGACCAUCAUACUAAUGAUUUUUUUGGAAUCGACU